UCUAUAAGCUUUAAUUUGAUAUAGGGGUUUAGAUGUCUACUGCUUAAACUCUGCGCGCUACAUCGCUUGCACGCGAGAGACCCCUGAAGGUAUACCGUAACCUUAAGUUUAGCCCAGGCUACACUCGUCUGAAUUUUAGUUAGCGCGGUGACUCGGUGAUCAAUUAGCUUUCUAUAACUGCUGUCUAGGGAAGUCUGCCUGAGGACAUCACAAAGUCUAAUAAAGGAGCAAAUCUAAUGAUUUUCCAUUUUCUAGCACGCGUCGUUCAUUAUCGUACAUGAAACCUUCCCGAGAUAUAUAAACGGGUCAACAUUAAGCCCCGUAAUAGUGGCCGUUUGCACUGUGGCGAUAAUGUUGUGCUUGCUUUACACAGCAAAGAGCUUUAGCCACAUCAAUGUAGGGCUUAGACGCACAAUGGACUAGACGUUUCUUGCUGUUGUUGUCUGCUUUUAUAUUCAGGACAGAACAUAAUUGCUCGUGCCGGGAUGACUUAAUUUAAUUUUGAAACAUAGACCAGAGAUGACUUCGAACACUUUUGGUUUCUGACAUAAAACGUUUGGAACGCCCCUUCGUUCAAGCAAAAGAUCCUUUAAAACAUUCAAGAGUGUCUCACAUUGGAUUUACAGAGGGUUUUGUAAGAGUUUCCAUGGCAAUUUCGGCUUUUUGUGAAUGAGGCAAAUUAAUUAUAUGCAACGUUUCAAUUGGAAAACAAGAGGCGCACAAACUAUCACUACUCUUCAACGAGGUUGGUCGUAACUUGGAAUAAAUCAUAUCCCAGAACCAGCUUAAAAGCUAUUGGCUCUUAGAAAAAUUGGGGCAAUAUUGCCUUUGAAAACGUCUUCACUAUUCUAACAGAAGAAGUUCUGAUGUAUCUGAGAUCACAAGGCAGAAUUCGAAUUUGUGCAGUUUGCUUGGCUGCGCUUAUUGGCCUAGCUAUGGUGGGUGCUCUGGUUGUGUGGACAAACGAGCGUCUUUACAUGGAGCAAAAGUACGCGUCGAGAUUCAAAGCUGGAGACGAUUUCCCUGGUAAAACUUCCGUUUACGCCAGUACAGGCGGAAACCAAAUGAACGAAGAUAAACCUGGGACACAAGGAAAUAAACAAAGCGCAUUAAAUGAUAAAACAGCGAUGAACGAUAGCGCCAUUUCCUCAGAUAAAGUACACUCACAGACCAACCCGUACAAAGCUUAUGGCCACGUCAAAACCAUCUUGUAUUUCCUUGGUUAUCCACGCAGCCGUCACACUCUCCUUGGCUCUUUACUGGACGCUCACCCGCACAUGGCUAUAGCAGACGAGACAGCGGCUUUUACCAAAUGGAUAUCAAAUCCAAACAAAUGGAUGAAAAAUUCAGUAUACGCAUAUUAUGAUCUUAUGUUCAAAGCUUCACAGCGUGUCGUCAGAGGAGGAAGAAGGUCUCGAGUGUUUAAACAGAGAGUUGUUAACGCAACCCGUAAUUUUCUUUAUUAUGUACCAAACCAAUGGCAAGGCAAGUUUAAUCAGUACAUUGAGGUAAGCCGAAUGUGAGGCUCUUAUUAAGCGCUGAAAUCAAAGGACCCCAUGUGGUAUCUCGUACAUUCACGCCCAAUGUAUCCUUCUGGCAGACGGAUAAGCUUUUUAUCAAUAUUAAAAUAUCAAAUUUGAUCUUAUUCAAAACAAAACAAAACAGGCAAAGACUUGACUUACAUUUUUCUAUUAAUAACACUGAAAUUGAUCGUGUCAAUGAAGUUUUGUUUUUAGGAGUUAUACUUGACGAGCACUUGUCUUGGCAAUCUCAAAUACAGAACGUAGCAAGAAAAAUUUCAAAAUCAGUGGGUAUUAUCUAAAAAUCAAGUUUUUGCCUUAAUAAGAUCUCCUUAUGAACUCUCUAUUAUAGUUUAGUUUAUCACCUAUUUACACUACUGAUCGAGUCUCUGGGGCUCCACUUAUCAAUCAAAUCUCAAACUUUUAAUACUUCAGAAACGAGCUAUUUGAACACUUUCGAGAAUUACUUUUAAUGACCCUAUUUUUCUGCCUGAGGUUAAAAAUCCUAAAAUUUGAAAACCUUAUCAAACUUCAAAUAGGUGAAGUUAUGUACCUUUACAAAAAUCGCCUUCUUCCCGAAAGUUUCCAUGACAUGUUUUUAUUUAACUAUGACGUACAUAAAUACAAUACUAGAACUAAUAUUUUUUUUCCCUUUACGCUACAGUAGGACUAUUGUAAAGAACUUCCCUUUUCGUUUUCAAGGCCCAAACUUAUUUAGUUCUCUCAGCAAUGGAAUUCAAAAUGCCUCCAGUAUUGCUGUUUUUACCUCUAAACUUAAGUCAUCUUUCUUGAUAAGUAUUUUUACUUCUCUCAGUAGGCUUGCGUAUGCUUCUUUCGCUACUUUUAUUUCCUUUUUUCCCUUCCUUUGCCUUUGCGCAUUCGCGCGUUUAGUUGUGCUUAACUACCUAUUUCUCCCUCACCAUUGCUGACGUCACUACGGGACCACGUGAGAUUGCGCGAACAAGCUUGCCUUCAAUGUGCGACUUUGUUUGCCAGGACAAGAC